CUGUGGUUGAAAGAGGCAGUUCUGCCUCCAUCUAGCUCCUUUCUGUAUGCUGCUCCCAAACUACAAAAACUUCAAAGGAACCAUUCAGGAACUUGGUCAAAACCAGUAUGUAGUCAGUGGUGAAAUAUUUGUGGUGGACAGGAACACAGUAGAAAUUACAGAGCUUCCUGUAAGGACAUGGACACAGGUGUACAAAGAACAGGUUCUAGAACCUAUGUUGAAUGGGACUGAAAAAACUCCAGCAUUAAUUUCUGACUAUAAGGAAUACCACACUGAUACGACUGUGAAAUUUGUUGUGAAGAUGACAGAAGAAAAACUUGCACAGGCAGAAGCUGCUGGAUUGCACAAAGUCUUUAAGCUUCAAACAAGUCUUACUUGUAAUUCUAUG